GUAUGUCUGGCGGCUCUAUUAGAAUUGAGAACACAUCGAUGGUCUUACAGUAUAGUACAGCAGCACUGUAUUACCUUUCUUGGAUGAUGGACUCUCAUCCAGCUAACCUCAGCGCUGCAAACCGAGUGUGGCUGUUCAAAGGAUAUGGAAAUAAUGUAAUCUCUGUAUAUGAAACUGUAGAAGACAUGAAGCGUGGCAUACAAAGUGCGUCAAUUACACUUCCAUACAACUGGGCCGGUACCGGACAUGUUGUGUACAAAGGAAAUUUGUAUUUUCAGCGUUUGAAAACUCAGAAUAUUUUAAAAUAUGACAUCCAGAAAAUGGCGCUUAUGGCAGAAAAUCACAUGAAAGACGUAGGCAGUGGCAACACAUGUUCCUAUGGUUGGGGCGGUUACACUACCACUGACUUUGCCGUGGACGAGUACGGACUGUGGUUAGUGUACGGGAACAGGAGUAACAACUGUAACCUGGUCAUCGCCAAGAUCAACCCAGACACUCUCAACGUGGAGAAAUCGUGGGAGACGACCACUGAUAUCAGGAAAGUUGGAAACACGUUCAUGAAAUGUGGCGUGCUUUACGCCACGAAUUCCUACAAUGCUCAGUCAAAUUACAUCCGCUAUACCUAUGAUACCAACACUGGGAAACAAGAGACGCUUUCCUCGAAUAAGAUCUCGUUCAAACAACCUGGUACAUACAACACCAUGUUAGAUUACAACCCCCAUGAUGGUCUUUUGUAUUACGCUGAUAGUAGGGACGGAUAUAUUGCAACGUUUCCAAUUGUCCUAUCAGUGUAACAA